AUGCUGCUCACACGGGAAGAGGUUUGGCACGUUAUUGCCGACCCGAAGCCACAGCACCCAAGUGACCAGUGGAAAAAGUCUGAUCAAAAGGCUAGGGCCACAAUUGGGCUUUGUUUGGAAGAAAGCCAAUACAGCCUAGUGAAAAAUUCUACUAUCUAUAGUGGUGACAUUAAAGGUCACAUUCUGGAGCUGGAAGAAGUUUGCGACCGACUCGCCGCUGCGGGACACGUUUUGACGGAGUCGUUCAAAAUCGUGUUGCGGUUCCGAAGUUUGCCUGGUUCGUACCAGGGGCUGGCAACUUUGUUGCAGAGCCAGGUGAAUGCGGGCACAACAAUGGAAGCGAUAAAAGUGAAAGUGCUUGAAGAAUACGAACGCAGAAAUGAGCGUUCGGGAAGGGCGAGUGGCACGGCAGACAGUGAAGCGACCGCGAUGAAAAGUGCGACUAAGAAGAGUCGAGAGAAAAGUAGUGCGGUGAAAACAUGCUACCAUUGUGGAAAAGCUGGUGAGCGUGAUUGCCGAGCACUGAAGAAUGCGAAGCAGGGUGAUGCGGGAAAGAAGAGGCCCGAAGUGAAACCGAGCGCGAAGAAAGCCAACGAUGACGGUAGUGCCGUGUGUUUUGUUGCAUCCGACGAAAAAUGUGACUCUUGGUACGUCGACAGUGGUGCUAGUUGUCAUAUGACAAACAACGUGACAUUUUUCACGACGUUUGCCAGGAAGAACGGUCCUAGUGUUGUUUUGAAGGACGGAAAAGUGUUGAAAACAACGGGUUGUGGUUAUGGCACACUUCGCGAAGUGAAUGGAAGUGGAAACGUCAUUUAUGUAAAACUUUCUGAUGUUUUACUCGUGCCAUCGUUGACGAGCGGUUUGGUAUCCGUUGAUAAGCUAACCUCUAAAGGGUUUACUGUUGAAUUCGAUGACAGUGGUUGUGAUAUUCGCGAUAAAACCGGUAAGGUUGUUGUUGUCGGUGAACGGGCUGGUAGCCUAUAUAGAUUGCAGCUUGGUGAAGUGUCUCGAAAAGUGGAAGAAAAGGCACACAAUCCGCUGUGCCAACAUCAGUGGCACCGGCGAUUUGGCCACAGGCACCCGGGAGUGAUUAGCAGAAUCAGUGCGGAGAAGCUCGGUAGGGGAAUGAAGGUCGUCGAGUGCGGUAUUCGAAUUACCUGCGAGCCGUGUAUCGAGGGCAAACUAGCUCGGAACCCGAUACCGAAGGUUGCAGAACGGAAGUCAACACAGGCGUUCAAUUUGGUCCACACAGACCUCUGA